GAGUUCUGCACACCCACGAUCUCUCUUCUUUCGUGACUCCCACAACCUCUUCCUUUCCUUCUUCAAAUGGAAGACGAUGACCAAAAGGAACUCCAGCUCCUCCCUGCCCCGCAUUCCGCAGCUUCCUCGUCCAACAUGCCUUCCACGCCGUCGGGCUCCUCGUCGAGGCGCCGGUUGGCCUCCGCGUCCGAUCCGUACGAGCUAGCCCCCUCCCUCGACUUGCAGCUGUCCAUCAGCCUCCGCCCGAUCCGCCCGCCCCCCAACAGCGCGGUCCCGGGGGGCUCCGCGCGCGGGUACGGGGACGCGAAGCUCGAGACGAGUAAUGUCAAGGCCUUGAAGUGGGAGGCGGCGGAGCAAAUCCGGCUCGCCGCGAUGGAGAAGGCGUACGCGGAGCGGGUGAGGGAGCUGACGAGGCGGGAGAUGGAGCUGGCGCAGUCGGAGUUCGCGCGGGCGAGGCACAUGUGGGAGAGGGCGAGGGAGGAGGUGGAUAGGGCGGAGAGGAUGAAGGAGCGGGCGACGAGGCAGAUCGACUCGACGUGCAUGGAGAUCACUUGCCAGUCUUGUAGACAAAGGUUUCGACCGGCUUGACGACGUUCCGGACGCGCGCUUCCCGGCCAUGGAAACGAUAUCAUCGACGCUGGUGACGAGCGAUGACCAUGAUGAUGCCAGCUGAACUUUUUCGGAUUCAGUCAAGUUGCUAUGUUUUUUUUCGCACUUCUUUUGCAGGUCUUUUGGUAUUGGAUUCUUGCAAUUCCCUCGUGAAAGUGGAAGCAAAAGACUGUGGAGGACAAAUAAAUAAUAGGUGGCAUGUUGAAAGCAUUACCGUCUACACACCUUGAUCUGGGUCAAAAGGCAUUUAACCAUUGAUCGCUUCAAUUGUAUGGUAUGAAUAUAAAAAAGGAGGGUGAUUUCUAAAUCUCAAAAAUCACUUGCGAACUCGGAAUGCCGUACCUGUUGUCCCGAAGAGACUACCGGUAUGUUUGCGAUAACCGGCAGUUUCGACGAUUCUCAACUUUUGCAGUCGUCUUUGUGAAUCGAUUUUCUAGGCGGGUCGGAAUAGCAUUCGCCUUUAGAGUGAGGAUGCUGAACAGCAGACCAGAUAUAUACUACCUAAGCAUCUGUUGUUUUAUGGCAUGGCAUCAUCUAAGUUGUAGAUGGUUUUUCUGAUUCCUCCA